GUCAGAUCAACCAUUGGCUUGCCCUCUGUCAUAGUCAGCUGAAAGUGACUUCUCAAGUUUCUUCAGGAUGCCCGCAGCACUUGUGGAGAAUAGCCAGGUUAUCUGUGAAGUCUGGGCCAGCAAUCUAGAAGAAGAGAUGAGGAAGAUUCGAGAAAUUGUGCUCAGUUACAGUUAUAUUGCCAUGGACACAGAAUUUCCAGGUGUUGUGGUGCGACCAAUUGGUGAAUUUCGUAGUUCCAUAGAUUACCAGUAUCAGCUUUUGCGGUGCAAUGUUGACCUUUUAAAAAUUAUCCAGCUGGGCCUUACAUUCACGAAUGAGAAGGGAGAAUACCCUUCUGGAAUCAACACUUGGCAGUUCAACUUCAAAUUCAAUCUUACAGAGGACAUGUACUCUCAGGAUUCCAUAGAUCUCCUUGCAAACUCAGGACUACAGUUUCAGAAGCACGAAGAGGAAGGGAUUGACACACUGCACUUUGCGGAGCUGCUUAUGACAUCAGGGGUGGUUCUCUGUGACAAUGUCAAAUGGCUUUCAUUUCACAGUGGCUAUGACUUUGGCUACAUGGUAAAGUUACUUACUGACUCUCGUUUGCCAGAAGAGGAACAUGAAUUCUUUCAUAUUCUGAACCUUUUCUUCCCAUCCAUUUAUGAUGUGAAAUACCUGAUGAAGAGUUGCAAAAAUCUUAAGGGAGGUCUUCAGGAAGUUGCUGAUCAGUUAGAUUUGCAGAGAAUUGGAAGGCAGCAUCAGGCAGGCUCAGACUCACUGCUGACAGGAAUGGCAUUCUUCAGGAUGAAAGAGUUGUUUUUUGAGGACAGUAUUGAUGAUGCCAAGUAUUGUGGGCGGCUCUAUGGCCUGGGCACGGGAGUGGCCCAGAAGCAGAAUGAGGAUGUGGACUCUGCCCAGGAGAAGAUGAGCAUCCUGGCGAUCAUCAACAACAUGCAGCAGUGAUGGUGGCGAGGCUCUGCGGAGCGGGCCGGCCCCAGAAUGGUGCUCACUGUGCUGACUGUAUACUUACCUUCCUCCCCAAGAGAAACCGCUACUUUUGAGCAAGCUGUACUUACCAUCUCCACUGCGCAGAAGGACUUCUGUUUUACUAAAGACAAAGAAGUCUUUUAGAUCCAGAAGAGGGCAGUUUUCUCUGAAUUUGUAAACAAGUCUUAUGUAUUCCUCAUCCCUAGGCCUCUUUUCCAGUUGCCUCCUGCCACCAGCAUCCAUGGCUCAUUUGACACCUUUUUAAAUACCCAGGACGAGUGAGAAACAAACUAGUAAAAUGUAUAUAACUCUUA